AUGUCAGGAAUAGGGAGUGAAAUGAUUUGCAGAUUCUGCCAGCUUUGGGCCACUUCUGUUGUUUCACUAGGAGGAAGUGGGCGGCCUCUUAUCAUCUGGCCCUGGUGUCAGUGCCUGGGAGGUCAGCUCUAUUGAACAGUCUGUGGGCAAUCACUUCAGUGCACUCUGUAGGGAAGGAUUUGGUUAGAGAGGCUAAAGGAACCCCUGCUGAGAGCCUUCUGGAGCAUCAUGGGCCGGAAGAGAAUUCUCUCCUCUUCUUUGUUCAUUUUGUUCCUUCUGGGCACUGUAUUGCAGUCUGCUCCCAAAGUCUCAGCGGCUGUGAGGGAAUAUUAUAUUGCUGCUGUGAUCACAGACUGGAGCUACACCAAUCAAUAUCAUGACAGUUCAGAAUUUCUAUACAAGAAGAUUAUUUAUAGAGAAUAUGAAGAAGGAUUUCAAAAGGCAAAACCAGCUGUUGAGUAUUCAGGUAUUCUGGGGCCUACAUUACGUGCAGAAGUUGGAGACAUACUACAAGUUCAUUUUAAAAAUAUGGCUAAUAAACCGCUGACUAUUCAUCCUCAAGGUGUUGCUUAUGGGAAGAAAUCAGAAGGGGCCAAAUAUACAGACAGUACUUUACCUUAUGAAAAGCUGGAUGACUCUGUUAUGCCAGGACAAAUGUACACUUACAUCUGGGAAAUUACUGAAGAAAUAGGACCCAAGGAAUAUGACCCAGCUUGUCUCACAAAUAUCUAUUACUCCCAUGAAAAUAUGGUUCAAGAUUUUAACUCUGGACUGAUUGGUGCUUUGCUUAUCUGUAAAAAAGGAAGUUUAAAUGAAGUUGGGGAGCAACGCCAUUUCGAUAAAGAGUAUGUGCUGAUGUUUGCUGUAUUUGAUGAAAACAAAAGCUGGCAAAAUUUGAACGAUAAAGAACACUCUGUGAUGUAUUCUAUAAAUGGAUACGUUAAUGGCACAAUUCCAGAUAUCUAUGCCUGUGCUGGGGACUCGGUUAGCUGGCAUUUGUUAGGUAUGAGCUCCGAACCAGAAUUUUUCUCUAUUCAUUUCUUUGGUCAAACAUUAGAAGAAAACCAACAUAAGGUUUCAGUAGUUGGCCUUGUUGCUUCUUCAUCCACCACAGCCAACAUGACAAUAUACCAAACUGGGAAAUGGUUAAUAACAUCCCUUGUUGAAAAGCAUUUUGAGGCUGGGAUGCAUGGAUACAUUGAAGUGCAGCCCUGCAGUGAUAAGGGAUACACAGCACCAAAAUUAUCACUUCUUCAAAAGCGAUUCAUAAAAGUUUGGGAGUACUUCAUAGCAGCAGAGGAAGAGGAGUGGAACUAUGUCCCUUCAAAGGUAGAGAACACAGACAAGAUAAACUGCCAACAAAAGUAUAAGAAAGUUCUCUACAAGGCAUAUUCUGAUAACACAUUCACAAAGCUCUUGACAGCAGGGAAUGAGGGCCUUCUUGGGCCUGUCAUUAGAGCUCAGGUCAGAGAUACAAUUACAGUUGUUUUCAAAAAUAAGGCCAAACGGCCUUACAGCAUAUACCCCCAUGGUGUGUCAGUACAAAAAGCCUAUGAAGGUGCCAGUUACCCCCCUGAUAUAAGAGGGAAUGAAACACAAAAUCAAGCAGUAAUGCCAGGAGAAACAGUGACGUACUACUGGAAUAUUCUAGAAACUGAUGAACCUGCAGCACGGGAUCCCCGUUGUUUAACAAGGAUGUACCAUAGUGCUGUUAAUAUUACAAAAGAUAUUGCCUCUGGCUUAAUCGGUCCGCUCCUCAUUUGCAAAUCAAUGUCUCUAAAUACAAGAGGUGUGCAGGAAAAGGCUGAUUUGGAACAAAUUGCAACAUUUGCUCUGUUUGAUGAAAACAAAAGUUGGUACCAUAAUGAAAACAAGCUUAAGCAUUGUCAUGCCGUUAACAACGAUCAAACAGAGUACUACAGCCAUAAUAUUAUACCCACCAUAAAUGGAUAUGCGUUUGAAUCUGCGCCUUUGGGAUUCUGUCAUAGCCAGGUGAUCCACUGGCAUAUUUCCAGCGUGGGUGCCCAAGAUGAAAUAAUUGGAGUACAUCUUUCAGGUCAUACCCUCAGAUACAAGGGAAAAAGUGAAGAUACAGUAAAUAUAUUCCCGAUGAGUGGUGAAAGUAUUUCUGUAGAUAUGGAUAAUCUUGGUUUAUGGCUGUUUGGGGUGUUUGGGUCUUCUAAGAAAAACCAGGGACUGAAAGUGAGAUUCACUGAUGUCAUCUGUGUAGAGGAAGAAGAAGAUUAUGAGGAACCAAAUAUACAGUUUGGGAUAAGUAGUGAAGAAAUUACAAAAAAAAUUGUUACAUCCCCUGAAACCGACUACAGUGAGGAAGAAGAUGUAAACACUAAUUUAGAUAUAGACUACACAGAUAAUUUAGCUGAUUUGUUCCACAUUCGGUCAUUCAGAAACAAGACAGAAACACAGGAAGAAGGUGUAAAUCUUACUGCUUUGGCCAUAGAGCACACCUAUGGGAGACAAAAUGAAAGCAUGGGUGACUUUAGUAAACUUGAAGUUUCGGAGGAAUAUGACAUUGUUCCCAUUGAGGAUAAUGAAAACUCAAAUUUCAAUCCUACGUCUGCAAGUAAAGCAGAUAAACUAACUAAAGAUGGCUUACCCAAAACACCUCAAUACAUGCAAUCUAAAGAUGAAGAUACCUUGGAGAAUACCUUGUCUGAGGAGUCUAAUAUGGCACAGAAAAAUGUCACAGUAUAUAAUCCUUUAGACAGUGAAAAAGAACAAUUUAUCAUAAUGGAGGGAAAUCUUACUACUGACAAAAACAGAGAUCUAUCAUAUGACAGUUACUUUAAUGAAGCAGACAAAAAUAUUUAUAGUGAGGAAGACAAAGCUAAAAUGAUCACUGAACAAAACACCUCAAAUUUGUUGGCGGAAUCCAAACCACAAUUGAGCAAUACAGAAAAAAGCCAUUUCAUAAAAGAAGACCUAUCACACAGCAUAAAUAAAACAUUUUAUUAUUUGGUCACAACAUAUGAUAAUGACACACAAAAUUCAGAAACCCAGCAUAAUGAGUUUAUGGCUUUGAAAGUUGCAGAAAAGAUUAUUGAUACUCACCAAAAAGUUCCCAGGCAGGAGGAAAAAAUGACAGAAAUUAGUGAUCAUGUGACGACUGUAGAGAAUAAUACGUUAGAUAUAACAAAGCAUGAUUUUCCUCUUAGAGAAGAUCUUUUCAAUGCCACUGAUUCAAAGGAAUACAAUCCUCAGGUGGCAGACAUAAAGGAAAAAAAAUUGGUAAAAAGAUCCAUUGAACACAUGACAGAGAGUCCCACCUACUCUCCCUUAAAUGUGGAUCAUUUUCUGGAAACAGAAAAUGAAAAGUCACAUUCUUCCGAUAAUAAAGACAUCAUGGAUGACUUCAGUACAAAUCAGGGACUUGACAGCAAUGAUACUUUUAAUGAUUUCAUCAAAAAUCAGACAAGUGAAAGCAAUUACAAUACCGAUAACAUCAGCAAAAAUCAGACAGUUGCAAGCAGUGACAUAACUGACGACUUCAGCAAAAAUGGAACAACUAAAAACCUACUAUCAUCAACAAAUAUAACCAGUGGUAUUAAAGAGCUACAUUCUUCAAAAAAUAAUGACCUUACUGAUUAUUUAGAUCACGACAAAACACCUGAAAAAUUAAUCCCAUACUUUAAUGACAGCAAUUUAAAUCUGUUGCCUAACAGGACAUCGCAUAGCCUGGAGGAGAGUAAGCUACCCAAUGGUAACAGUAACAAUUAUGGAAAUCAAACUGCAGCAACAAGGGAUAUUGACUCUCCUGAAACUAAAUCGGACACUGAAUUUAGAGAAUUGUUUGGACAACAGAUUUUUGAAGGUAUAAUGCAAGUCAUAUUCUAUCAGAAGGAAGUAAAUGAAACAAACAUGGAGCAGCAUCUUGUUACAGAAGAAAACUCUACUGAAAGUGUGCAAAAUGAGUCACAUACACUUUUUAAUAACAAAACACAAGAAGAACAAAAUGCAAAAAAACCCACAAAGCGAUAUUUUCAAGUGAGACCAAUCAGGUACAGAACUUCAAGUAACGAAACUAGAAUGUUAACUCGAAGAAAAAAAAGACUGGGAAACGUCAAUGGAUCCCUAAGCAAUGACACUGGUAAUGAUGGAGUGUUCUCUCCCAGAGGAAUGAGACCACAAAUUAUAAUUGGACUUCCUGGACUUGAUGAGGGUGAUUAUGUUGAGCUUAAUGUAGAUGAAAUCGAUGAAGAUGUACAUAUUAAAAAAGUUGAAUAUGAGGAACUUUACAAAACAGAAGCGCAAGAGUACACUAACCCAGAUAAGAUAAUACAGCAAUACCUGCGUAGUUUAAAAGGAAAAAAAAGAAAGUAUUACAUCACUGCAGAAGAGGAACAAUGGGAUUACUACAAUCCUGCAAAAAGUUCUUUAACAAAAGAAAGGCCAGACAGUGAAACAAGGACUACCCAGUACACAAAAGUACGGUUUCGGCAAUAUCUUGAUUCCAGUUUUAGCAAGCCUGAUGUUCAAGGGGAAUAUGAAGAACACUUAGGUAUCCUUGGUCCUGUAAUCCGAGCUGAAGUUGAUGAUAUUAUUCAGAUAACGUUUAAAAACUUAGCAUCACGUCCCUAUUCUCUUCAUGCACACGGGGUUUCUUAUGAAAAAUCAUCUGAAGGAUUUCAGUAUGAUGAUGGGACCCCAGACUGGCUUAAGAAAGAUGAUGCGGUUAAACCAGGUGAAACCUAUACCUAUGUUUGGUAUGCCACACACCAAUCAGCACCUGAAAAUGAAGGCUCAGAUUGCAGAACAUGGAUCUAUUAUUCUGGAGUUAACCCGGAAAAAGAUAUACAUUCAGGACUUCUGGGCCCACUGCUGAUCUGUAAAAGCGGAACACUUCAUAAACAUAGCAACAGGCCAUUGGAUGUACGAGAAUUUGUAUUGCUAUUUAUGACAUUUGAAGAAGAGAAAAGCUGGUACUUUGAAAAAAACAAGAAAAAGACCUGCUUGGAAGUCAUGGAAAAACCUUUACAAGCAGCAAAGUGUCAUACAUUUCACGCUAUAAAUGGCAAAAUCUACAACCUGAAAGGCUUAGUGAUGUAUCAGAAUGAAUCAGUGCGAUGGCAUAUGAUAAAUAUGGGAGGUUCAAAGGAUUUACAUGUGGUUCAUUUCCAUGGUCAGACUGUGACAGAGAGGAUUAACAGAGAGUCUCAACGCGGUGUCUACCCUCUUCUACCUGGUUCAUUUGCAACAGUGGAAAUGAAGCCAUCGAAGCCUGGACAUUGGCUCUUGGAUACAGAAGUUGCUGAGUACCAACAAGCAGGAAUGCAGGCAAUGUUUCACAUUGUUGAGGCUGAAUGCAAUUUACCAAUGGGACUUUCAAAUGGAAUUAUAUCUGACAAUCAAAUCACUGCAUCACACUAUAUAGAUUAUUGGGAGCCCAGACUGGCUAGGUUAAACAAUGCAGGAUCUUACAAUGCUUGGAGCACUGUAAUGAAUAUGUCAGCACUACCAUGGAUUCAGGUGGAUUUGCAAAGGCCUUUUUUAAUAACAGGUAUUAAAACACAGGGAGCAAGUAAAUAUCUUAAGCCAUAUUACGUCAAAGAAUUCUUUGUUGUGUACAGUUUGGAUAAGAAGAAUUGGAUAGCUUUUAAAGGAAACAGUAUUACACUGCAAAUGUUCUUUGAUGGUAAUACCGAUGCACACAGUAUUAAGGAAAACACAUUGGACCCACCAAUUUCUGCCCAGUACAUAAGAGUAUAUCCAACCAAAUACUACAACAGACCAACUCUUCGUAUGGAGCUAUUUGGGUGUGAAAUACUAGGAUGCUUUAUGCCGCUGGGCAUGGAAAACGGUAUUAUAAAGGAUGAGCAGAUCACAGCUUCUUCUUAUAAGAGUUCAUGGUAUUCCUCAUGGGUGCCAUCUUUGGCUCGUCUUAAUAAAGUAGGCAAAUCCAAUGCCUGGCAAGCAAAGUCAAAUAACAACCAACAGUGGCUACAAAUUGACUUUUUGAUGACAAAGAGGAUAACUGGUAUAACAACACAGGGGGCCAAGGCAUUGACAACUGAUAUGUAUGUAAAAUCUUACAGUAUCCAGUACAGUGACAAUGGGAAAGACUGGAAACCAUACACUGAUGAAUUAGCACCAUUAGAAAAGGUAUUCCUAGGAAAUGCAAACAGCUAUGGACUUGUCAAGAAUGAAAUAAGAUCACCAAUAUUGGCACGUUUCUUAAGGAUUAUCCCUAAGAGCUGGCACAACAGCAUCACACUGAGAAUAGAAAUCUUUGGUUGUAAUAUUUAAAGGCAUCAAACUGGUGCAAUUAUGACAGAAAACUAUGCAUUUAACUGAAACAACCCUAGAAUUACAGCUACAAGGAAGACUUGCAGGUUUCAUAUGGAGUGCAUUACGUUAGCAAGUGUGCAGAUUUGGCAAGAGAAGUACCACAGUAUUUUAUGUUUUUCAGAGUAUUAUUUAUGUUUGUUCAUUUAUUAAAAAGCUGGGGGUUGCUAAUGGCCCAGCUAAAGAUUAAAAGGACACCAUCUUAAAAAAUAAUGCUGCAAAAUGAUUUUUCAAAUCACAAUUAUCCAAUAAUGCCCCCUUCCCAUCUAGUAUUCACUAGAACAUUUCAAUAUUUACAAAAACUAUUCUAGCUAUACACUGGACAUUAAAUGGAGGAUUCAUUGCUGCAUCAUACUCCUUAAAAUGUUGGAGAACAGAGUUUACACAAUCACUGGAACCGAUCUAGUAUAUUUUAUUAGGCAUAUUAUUAACAUAAAUCAUUUCAAAAUUGAAUUCGAAGUACAUAAAGUACAGCCAUAUUGACUAUAUUUUUAACUGUACCUAAUUACUGAACUAUCUAGAAAACUAAAAGAAUCUGCAAAAGCCAACAAAAUCCAAAGUUGCGUAGGUGAUUGGCCACCAAACAGAUUUGCUUCAGAGUUAUUUUUUUAUAAAAUAAAUGGAAGCUUUGGGUUUUGAGAUAAUAAAAUAUGUUGUGUAGCACAUAGGCCGCCCCUGUCAUGUCCUUUACUUAACUCUGCUAUUUUUGUGUUUUUAUUAAAUUAAAUUGCUCUAAUCAAAUGAUACACACAGACCAAAACAAAGGCCAAUUAAAAUAGUGAACUUUGAAUGGCUUUAAAUGGCAUAAUCUAGCUAGGCUAUGAUUAAUAAACACCCUACUUCUAACAUGAACUUAUGACUUAUAACAAUCACCAGUUCAUAAUAUUAUCUGAACAGCAUGUUCUGAAAAGUUAUUUUUCAGUCCCACAAGAUAUUAAAGAGGAAUCUGAUUCCUCAGCUGGCUCAUAAAAUGCAAUAAAUGCAAAAAAAAGAGGAAAUUUACUUCCAUGCCAUUCUAUGAAUAUAUUUUGUGUGUUUUUGUUGUUUCUUUUACCUCAUCAGUGAUUUUAUUGUAUAUAUACAGCAUUCCUGUUUUGCAGUACGUACAUGAUUUUUUAAGGACCUGCUUUGUGGAAAAGGAUUUUUUUUAAAAAAUAAUUUUUAGCAUUUUUUUUUAACCAGUUGCAAUAUUAGUAUGCCUGAGACAAAUGUAUUGCAGAAAAACUGAAAUCUUGUGGCAGUAAAUAAAACACAUAAAAAAUAGUGGGGGCAUUUACCUUUAAAGAGUCAUGUCCCCUUUGUAACAUACCUGCAGAAUAAAUGUGUGUUUUAUGUGCGUGUUUUAUGUUUGCUAAGAAAUACUAUUUUUAUAAAAUUACAUAUUUUAAAACUAA